AUGAAUAUUUUCGACGUCCUAAUCAUCGGUGGUGGUCCAGCGGGUCUCUCUGUCGCUACUGGCCUUGCGCGUCAACUCCAUCAAGCGGUUUUAUUUGAUUCGCAUGUUUACCGCAACGCUCUCACUUCUCAUAUGCACAACGUUGCUACUUGGGAUCAUAAGUCGCCAGCGGAAUUUCGCCAAUCAGCCAGAGACCAACUAAUGUCCCGCUACGAUACAAUUCAUAUUGAGAAUGUCGAGAUCAAAAUUGUCGAGCAGGAUGGGAGUGGAGGCUUCAAUGCUAUCGACUCUCAAGAGCGUAUGUGGAAGGGCAAGAAGCUAGUCAUUGCUACUGGAGUUCGAGACAUCUUUCCAGAUAUUCCAGGCUAUGGACAGUGCUGGGCACGCGGAAUUUUCCAUUGUCUUUUCUGUCACGGAUUUGAAGAACGAGGCGGCGAGUCUGCUGGGGUUCUCGCCAUUGAUGAUGUAGCGAAUGUAAAGUUAGCGAUGCAUUUGGCCCGUAUGGCUAGACGAUUUGCACCCAUCGUCACAAUUUACACACACGGUGCAGAGGAGCUUACGAAAGAGCUCGAGAAAGCUGUCCAUGGAACCGGAAUUAAGGUCGACGGUCAGCCUAUCGCGCGCUUGAUUAAGGGAUCUGGUGAAUCGGACGUGGAGAUAAAAUUCCAAGAUGGAACCCAACGUGUGGAGGCAUUUUUAUCCCACAAGGCUAAGACAGAGGUCAAUGGCCCAUUCGCUGACCAACUUGGAUUGAAGUUAACAGCGGGUGGCGAUAUCGAGACUGCACAGCCGUUUCACAGUACCUCAGUUCCAGGGGUAUUCGCGGCUGGUGACUGUGCUACACCCCUCAAGUCCGUAGUAACAGCUAUGGCUGCUGGAGCAAUGGCAGCUGGUGGGUUGGUUGGACAGUUGCAGGCGGAAAUUUAUGCGGGGAAUCAGUGA